UUACUCACCUGACAUUAAUUACAACCAGCAAUGAACAAAGCGGCCUGCUUGGUUGUCUGCGAUGCUUUGAGCAAAAAAGUUGCAUAAACUCUUUAGAAUAUUCGAUGAACAGUGCUAAUUGAUAACAUUGGAGUCCUGAAGUCGUGAAUUACGUUUUCACGUAUCCGUGCGAGUGCGGCGUGUGGUAAAACGGCGUUGUUUGUUGUGCGUUUGUGCAGUGCAACCAAACCCACUCGGCAGCCAUUUUCUCUUGCGAAGGCAAGCGGCAGUGAAACUUCUCGGUGCGGUGUUUGCAGUACGUAGUGCGAAUCGAUGGUUUGCUGAGAACUGUGCGAGUUUUGCUUGCAUCGUGAUUACUGCAGCUUGUUCAAAGGUUGCCAGUGACUAAGGUACAUAAAUGGCUAGUCCAACGCCACAGAACAGCCCAAUGCCUCCGCCACAAGCACCUUCGCAAAGCCCUGCACCAUCACCUUCACCGCACAGUCCUUACCAGCAGGCACCUCCGCCACAUCCUGGUCAAAGUCAGGGACCUCCUCACAUGCCAACCCCUGGCCAUCAUGUACCGCCCCAAGCAGGACCCCCACCCGGGCCACACAUGUCGAUGCAAGGGCCUCCGACGCCCCACGGUGGCCAGCCACCCAAUCCUCACGGACCGCCGCCACCCCAGCACCCUUCCCAUAUGAAUGGACCACCACCGGGACCGCAGGGAGCCCCCGGGCAUGGGCCGGGCGGACCACCGCAUCACAUGCCUCCAUCGGGACCGCAACACAUGCCGCAACAUCCACCCCAUCCUGUAAUGGGGCACCCGGUUCCCCCGCAUCCCGGAAUGGCUGGGCACCCGACACAGGGCCCACCCUUGCCUCCUGGAAUGGUUCCAGGUGGCUAUCCGGGACACUCGAUGCCACCAAAUGCGGGACCGCCACCACCAGGGCCGAUGCAGGGAGUUGGUGGUCCUGGACCGGGGCCUGUAAUGCCACCCGGUGCUGCCAAUCCAGGCAUGAUGCCCGGUUCGGCCCCACCACCUCCCCCGGGACAAGAAAAUCUUAACGCUUUGCAACGGGCAAUCGACUCGAUGGAGGAGAAAGGACUGCAAGAAGAUCCACGCUAUUCGCAGCUGCUGGCAUUACGUGCUAAUUCCAAGCAACAAAAUCUAAACGCUCCGCAGCUGCAUCAACUGCGCGGACAAAUCAUGGCGUAUCGCUUGCUGGUACGUCAUCAGCCAAUAAGUAAGCAGCUUGCAUCGCAAAUUUUGGCCCAGCGAUCCGAUGGGACCCCUCCGCAAUGUCCAACACCCCCAGCCAGUCCGUACCCGAACGCUGCUGGAGGUCCCUCACCGCAGCCGGGAAUACCCCCGCAACCGUCGCAGCAACAGCAAUCGCAACCACCACAUCAACAGCAAGGACAACCGCAACCGCAAGGACCUUCUACGGUUCCGAGUCACCCUGGAGCACCACAGACUGCAAUGCAGGGCCCACCGGGCAAGCCCGGAGGGCCGCCCGGUCCGCCAGACGCGAUCGGUUCCAACAAACCACCACUGGGAACCGGUGGAGGAAUGCCACCGAAUCAAAGUCCAAUGCCAGGCAUGACCAUGGGCGGUCCCCCGCAAGUGGGACACGGCCAGCACCACCAACAACAGCAACAGCAAAUGCAACAGCCGCCACAUUCAGCAGCCUCGCACGGUCAUCCCCAGCAGCAAAUGCUUCCCACAGUCGGACAACCUGCCCGUCCGAACUCGCAAGGGCCCGCUGGUGGGCCGGGUCCAAGACCGGCCGCUCAAGCACCGACGAUGCAACCGAUGCCGAAACAGAACCGCGUCACGACCGUUGCGAAGCCGGCCGGAUUGGAUCCUUUAACCAUAUUGCAAGAGCGUGAAAAUCGGUUGGCCGCUCGGAUUGCUCUUCGGCUGGAGGAGCUCAAUAAUUUGCCAGCCUCGAUGCCGGAAGAUCUGAGAAUGAAGGCCUUGAUUGAGCUGCGGGCGCUUCGGGUUCUGAACUUCCAGCGCCAGCUGCGGAGCGAAAUUGUCCAGUGCACUCGACGCGAUACAACACUCGAAACGGCCGUCAACGUGAAAGCUUACAAGCGUACCAAACGGCAAGGUUUGCGCGAGGCACGUGCCACGGAGAAACUGGAGAAGCAGCAGAAGCUCGAGGCCGAACGCAAACGUCGCCAGAAGCAUCAGGAGUUCUUGGCGUCGGUAUUGCAGCAUGGUAAAGAUUUCAAAGAGUACCAUCGUAACAAUAUUGCCAAGCUGGGCCGCCUGAACAAAGCGGUAAUGAACUAUCAUGCCAACGCGGAAAGAGAGCAAAAGAAGGAGCAGGAGCGUAUCGAGAAGGAGCGUAUGCGUCGCUUGAUGGCGGAGGAUGAGGAAGGGUAUCGUAAACUUAUCGAUCAGAAGAAGGACAAGCGGUUGGCAUUCCUGCUGUCGCAGACGGAUGAGUAUAUCAGCAACCUUACGGAGAUGGUCAAACAACACAAGGUGGAUCAGAAAAAGAAGCAGGACGAUGAGAUUCAGCGCAAGAAACAGCUCAAGCGUCACAUUCUGGAAAGCGGCGAUAUCGAACAUUUGGAUGAACACUGCGAAGCAUCAGAUUGUCGUGUAACGGUGAUGGAAACGGCAACAGGCAAGAUGAUUUCGGGAGAUGAUGCACCGUUCCUGCGCGAUCUGCACAGCUGGCUGCAGCUGCAUCCUGGCUGGGAGUACGUUAUCUCUGACGGCGACGCCGACGAUGACGAGGAGGAAUCGGAGGGAGGAAAGAAGAAAACUCCCGAGGAAGAGCUGAGCGAUGACGCCAAGACGAAGGAAGUUAUACAAAAGGCGAAGGUCGAGGAUGACGAAUAUAAGACCGAAGAGCAGACGUACUAUAGCAUUGCACACACGGUCCACGAGAAGGUGACCGAGCAAGCAUCGAUCUUAGUGAAUGGAAAGCUGAAGGAGUACCAGAUAAAGGGUCUCGAGUGGCUGGUAUCACUGUUUAACAACAAUCUCAACGGCAUCUUGGCUGACGAAAUGGGUCUCGGUAAGACGAUCCAAACGAUCGCUCUCGUUACUUAUUUGAUGGAAAAGAAGAAAAAUAACGGCCCCUAUCUGGUUAUUGUACCGCUCUCGACACUCUCCAACUGGGUGUUGGAGUUCGAAAAAUGGGCCCCUGCAGUCGGUGUCGUCGCUUACAAGGGAUCUCCGGCGGGUCGCCGUGCUGUCCAAAAUCAGAUGAAAGCGACCAAGUUCAAUGUGUUGCUUACAACCUAUGAGUACGUAAUCAAGGAUAAGGCCGUGCUGGCGAAGAUUUCGUGGAAGUACAUGAUCAUCGAUGAGGGUCACCGAAUGAAGAAUCACCACUGCAAGCUAACACAGGUGCUCAACACGCACUACAAUGCACCGCACCGUUUGCUGCUUACGGGAACGCCUUUGCAGAACAAGCUUCCCGAGCUGUGGGCUCUGCUAAACUUUUUACUGCCAUCGAUUUUCAAAUCCUGUUCCACAUUCGAACAGUGGUUCAAUGCACCGUUCGCCACUACUGGCGAAAAGGUGGAACUAAAUGAGGAAGAAACGAUUCUCAUCAUUCGUCGUCUGCAUAAGGUGCUACGUCCAUUCUUGCUGCGCCGUUUGAAAAAGGAGGUCGAAUCGCAGCUGCCGGACAAGGUGGAGUACAUCGUCAAGUGUGACAUGUCCGGGUUGCAGCGCGUGCUCUACAAACACAUGCAGAGCAAGGGAGUGUUGUUAACCGACGGCUCGGAGAAGGGCAACAAGGGCAAGGGAGGUGCGAAGGCUCUGAUGAACACGAUUGUCCAGCUGCGCAAACUCUGCAACCAUCCAUUCAUGUUCCAGCAUAUAGAGGAAAAGUAUUGCGACCAUAUCGGUGUGCAGGGAACAGUCACCGGUCCGGAUCUGUACCGUGCAUCGGGCAAAUUUGAGCUGCUGGAUCGCAUCUUGCCCAAACUGAAAGCGACUGGACAUCGAGUACUGCUCUUCUGUCAGAUGACACAGUGCAUGACUAUAAUAGAGGACUAUCUUUCCUGGCGCGGCUUCGGGUAUCUGCGUCUUGACGGUACUACCAAGUCCGAAGAGCGCGGAGAUUUGUUGAAAAAGUUCAAUUCGAAAAAUUCCGACUACUUCCUCUUCCUGCUCUCUACUCGAGCUGGCGGUUUAGGAUUGAACUUGCAGACGGCAGAUACGGUCGUUAUUUUCGACUCCGAUUGGAAUCCCCAUCAGGAUCUGCAGGCUCAAGAUCGUGCGCAUCGUAUCGGGCAGCGAAAUGAGGUGCGCGUGCUGCGACUAAUGACGGUGAACUCGGUAGAGGAGCGUAUUUUGGCUGCCGCCCGGUACAAGCUCAACAUGGACGAAAAAGUCAUCCAAGCCGGUAUGUUCGAUCAGAAAUCGACUGGUAGCGAACGGCAGCAAUUUUUACAAAGCAUUCUGCACCAGGACGAGAUGGAUGAGGAGGAGGAAAAUGAGGUCCCAGAUGACGAGAUGAUCAAUCUGAUGAUUUCGCGAACGGACGAUGAGCUGGAACUGUUCAAAAAGAUGGACGCUGAGCGAAAGGCGGAGGAAGUGAAGCCGCGUCUGCUGGACGAAGCUGAACUGCCCGACUGGCUGGUGAAGGAUGAUGAAGAAGUCGACCGAUGGGACUACGAGGAAGAAACAUCCAUUCUGGGCCGGGGCUCGCGCCAGCGAAAGGAAGUUGAUUACACUGACAGCCUAACGGAGAAAGAGUGGCUGAAGGCCAUCGAUGAUGGGGCUGACUUUGACGAGGAGCUAGAGGAGGAGGAGCGAGAAAAGAAACGAAAGGGACGCAAACGAAAGGGCCGAGGAAGGGACGACUCGGACGACGAGAGCAUUGUUUCAACGAUGACAAAGCGCAAGAAGGGCAUAACCGAUCCGAAGAUAAGGAAGCAGAUGAAGAAGGUCCUGAAGGCAGUAAUCAAGUACACCGAUGCUGAUGGGCGCGUUUUGAGCAAACCGUUCCUCAAACUACCUUCCAGACGUGACCUGCCCGACUACUACGAAGUGAUCAAGAAACCGAUCGACAUCAAGAAGAUACUAGCCCGCAUCGAAGAAGCAAAAUAUGUCGACUUUGCCGACUUGGAGAAUGAUUUCUUCCUGCUGUGUCAGAAUGCUCAGACCUACAACGAAGAAGCGUCUCUGAUCUACGAAGACAGUCUUGAGCUGCAGUCAGUGUUUAGCAAUGCGAAGGCAAAGAUCCUGGACAACCACGAAGAAGAGGAAUCCAAUGAAGAAGAAGAGGAAGAAUCAGAUGAGGAAGGCGGAAGCGUGAAGAUGAAGCUUAAAAUAUCGAAAGGAUCAACUUCUUCCACCUCCUCUGCGAAGAAAGCUACCCCGGUGCGAAGGAAACGAGCACAGAAGAAGUAUACCAUCUCGGAUGACGAUGACGAUAUUGAUUAAGUAUGCAAACACUUUGCAAUACCUAUGGUUUAUCUUUAUAGUAGAUUUUAUCGCUGCAAAACAAUAGGGUCAGACAGUAGCUCAGUAGGUUCAGUAAACCAUCAUCAUCGUGCACCUUAAAAGCAGCAGUUGUGUGAGUUCGCUGCUAUAGCGGCAAACGCAUGACGAAUACCAUUCGCUUUUGUUUAGUUUAGUGAGCAGCAUCAGCAGCAGCCGAUACAUUAGAAUUGUAUUAUCUAUAGUGUACAAUUAAUCUACGCGUACUGCAACGCGUUACGUAUUGCAACGAAAGUCGCAUUCAAAAAUUUGCAAAAGAUAUAGCUCCCCAUAGACAAAGGCGUAGAAAUAACAAAUGCUUAAAUUUUGGAAACUCAAACCAUUCAACAACUAAUCCCUUAUCCAGUUCGGCUAGUUGCAGAACUAUUUCUAGAGGAAACUUAUUGUGUGCAUCGGCCAACGAUGGUCAAAUCUGUUCCUUUACGGACAAAUAUUUAUAGAUCUGUUGGUUUUUCGUGCUGCGCAACCACAGCGGGAACGUCAUGUAAAGAUAAAAUCGGGAUUUUUUUUAUUAUAUUUUUCUUUAUAUAAAUAGUGACAUUGUCAUGCUAUUAUUAUUAACCUUACUGGACACACAUUAACUGGUCGGCUAUAGAUAUGAAUACGUGUAAUGAAAUCAACUAAAAAUCAAA